AACUUAGUGAAGAAACAGAACUUAGUGAAGAAACAGAACUUAGUGAGGAAACAAAACUUAGUGAGGAAACACAACUUAGUGAAGAAACAGAACUUAGUGAAGAAACACAACUUAGUGAAGAAACAGAACUUAGUGAGGAAACACAACUUAGUGAAGAAACAGAACUUAGUGAAGAAACAGAACUUAGUGAAGAUACAGAACUUAGUGAAGAUACAGAACUUAGUGAAGAAACAGAACUUAGUGAAGAUACAGAACUUAGUGAAGAAACAGAACUUAGUGAAGAAACAGAACUUAGUGAAGAUACAGAACUUAGUGAAGAAACAGGACUUAGUGAAGAUACAGAACUUAGUGAAGAUACAGAACUUAGUGAAGAAACAGGACUUAGUGAAGAAACAGAACUUAGUGAAGAAACAGAACUUAGUGAAGAAACAGAACUUAGUGAAGAAACAGAACUUAGUGAAGAAACAGAACUUAGUGAAGAAACAGAACUUAGUGAAGAAACAGAACUUAGUGAAGAAACAGAACUUAGUGAAGAAACAGAACUUAGUGAAGAAACAGAACUUAGUGAAGAAACAGAACUUAGUGAAGAAACAGGACUUAGUGAAGAAACAGAACUUAGUGAAGAAACAGAACUUAGUGAAGAAACAGGACUUAGUGAAGAAACAGAACUUAGUGAAGAAACAGAACUUAGUGAGGAAACAGAACUUAGUGAAGAAACAGAACUUAGUGAAGAAACAGAACUUAGUGAAGAAACAGAACUUAGUGAAGAAACAGAACUUAGUGAAGAAACAGAACUUAGUGAAUUGUGA